AUGGCGCGUUUCCAAACUUCCAUCAUCAUGUUCUUCGCCCACCUCAUUCUCCUGCUGGGUCUCCCGACUGCCCUGGUUGGCGCUAUUCCCGUGACCCCUGCUCCUAAGGAGCUGGAGCUGGCUGCGUCAAAGCGUGCUGCUUCUAGCUACUGGGUUGGCACUAUCAAGCGCCAGGGCACGGUGCCAUUUGGCAACAGCAGUGACUAUCAAGUGUUCCGUAACGUCAAGGACUUUGGCGCCAAGGGUGAUGGAUCAACCGAUGACACUGCGGCUAUCAACAGUGCCAUCUCCUCCGGUGGCCGCUGCGGCAAGGGCUGCGACUCGUCUACCACUACUCCCGCCCUGGUCUACUUCCCACCUGGUACUUAUGUCGUGUCGAAGCCCAUUGUUCAGUACUACUACACUCAGAUCGUUGGUGAUGCAGUUGAUCUGCCCGUCAUCAAGGCUGCUGCUGCAUUCUCUGGCAUGGCAGUCAUCGAUGCCGACCCAUAUGAGGACAAUGGCGACAACUGGUACACCAACCAGAACAACUUCUUCCGUGCUAUUCGUAACCUUGUCAUCGAUCUUACUGCUAUGCCCCAGAGCUCUGGUGCUGGUAUUCACUGGCAAGUCGGUCAGGCUACCAGCCUGCAGAACAUCCGCUUCGAGAUGAUCAAGGGAGGUGGCUCAGCCAACAAGCAGCAGGGUAUCUUCAUGGACAACGGAUCUGGAGGUUUCAUGUCCGACCUGACUUUCAACGGCGGUAACUACGGCAUGUUCCUGGGCAACCAGCAGUUCACCACUCGCAACCUGACCUUCAAUGGUUGCCAGACUGCCAUUUACAUGAACUGGAAUUGGGCCUGGACCUUCAAGUCUGUCAACAUCAACAACUGCAAUGUCGGCCUGAACAUGUCUACCUCUCCGUCUAACCAGACUGUUGGCUCCGUCAUGAUGCUUGAUAGCAAGCUUACCAACACCCCCACCGGUAUCGUUACUGCCUGGACCAAGAACAGCAUCCCUGUUGGUGGUGGUACCCUUGUCUUGGACAACGUCGACUUCUCUGGUUCCACGGUCGCCGUCGCUGGUGUCGAUGGUAACACUAUCCUGGCUGGCGGUUCUGUCGUCGAUAGCUGGGUGCAGGGUAACACGUACACUCCCUCCUCGUCCGCUUCUGCCAAGCGCGCAUACCGGUCCGAGGAGAAUGAUGACAACACCGAGGUCGUCACCAUUGUCGAGACUGUCGUCAAAACUGUGACAGCUUGCCCUGCGACCAACAGUGCCGCUACCCUCGCUACCAACGUAGCGACUAGUGCUAACACCCAGGUUACUACUCCCGUUUUGCCUACGGGCACUGAUUCUGGCGAUCGCUCUGUUGCAUCGCAGGCUGCAGUCUCUUCAGCUAUUCUAUCGGGUCUCCCUGGCAUGGACAACAGCUGGCUGUCUUUCAUUGGUUCAUCAGGACAGACCUACGAGGUUACUGUCCCAACCACCCAGACUCCUGCGGCAACCGAGGAGACCACUGCUACCGUUCCUGCCGCUGGGGAGUCUACUGCCGCCGUUGUUGCGGGAUCUAGUGAAGCAGCCACCGUUGCCGAGACUAGCCAGGCUGUUCCAGUUGUAGAGACCUCCAGCGCAGUCACCGUCGCUCAAUCUACUGUGUCAUCCGGCACAUCCAGUGCCGUUGUCUCCCAUGGUACUGCUUCCAGCACUAGCUCCAGCUCUAGCAAUGGUUCUGGUACCUGCAAGGGAAGUGCCAAUCAGGCUGUCGAGUCUGCUCGCACCCAAAGCACUAUGAAGGCCAGUUCCAUGCCCAGCGAUCUUCUGACUGGUGGUGCUGUGUUUGAAAAAUCCAAGCCCCUCUACGAGUCUCUUCCGGCCUCCUCGUUCGUCAGUGUCAAGUCCGCCGGCGCCAAGGGUGAUGGAACCACCGACGACACUGCUGCUCUUCAGAAGGUUCUGGAUAGCGCCACUACUGACCAGGUUGUUUACUUCGAUCACGGUGCGUACGUGAUUACCUCGACCUUGAAGGUGCCCAAGGAUAUCAAGAUCACCGGUGAGGUCUGGCCCAUGAUCAUGGCCCACGGCUCCAAAUUCCAGGAUGAGAAGAACCCCAUUCCUGCUGUGCAAGUUGGCCAGAAGGGCGAGUCUGGAUCCGUCGAGCUGAGCGACCUGAUCAUCACCACCAAGGGUGCCGCCCCCGGUGCCAUUCUCAUGGAGUGGAAUGUCGCUGCUUCCUCCCAGGGCUCGGCGGGUAUGUGGGAUGUUCACAUUCGCAUCGGUGGCGCUGCUGGUACUGGCCUCCAGAGUAAUACUUGCCCCAAGACUCCUUCCCAGCAGACCACGCCCAGGACUGAGUGUAUCGCCGCAUUCCUUCUCCUUCACAUCACUGAGAAGGCUAGCGCAUACAUUGAGAACUCCUGGAUGUGGACUGCUGAUCACGAGCUGGACCUCGCCGACCACAACCAGAUCAACGUCUACACUGGGCGUGGCGUGCUCGUUGAGUCGCAAGGCCCCGUUUGGCUGUGGGGUACAGCUUCUGAGCACCACCAACUGUACAACUACCAGGUAUCGAACGCGGCGAACGUCUUCAUGGGCUUGAUCCAGACCGAGACUCCCUACUACCAGUCCAAUCCUACUGCCCUGGUCCCCUUCACGCCUCAGGACUCUUGGAACGACCCCGACUUCUCCACUUGCACCACUGCCUCUUGCAAGAAGUCCUGGGGUCUGCGCGUCAUGAACACUUCUGAUCUGUUCAUCUACGGUGCUGGUCUGUACAGCUUCUUCGAGAACUACGCGCAGACCUGCCUCAACACUGAGGACUGCCAGGAGAACAUGGUCGAGGUCGACUGCUCCGAUGUUCACAUUUACGGCCUCAGCACCAAGGCAGCCGUCAACAUGGUCACCUCAGCCGCUGGAAAGAGCAUGGUUCCCGAGAAGCCCAACAUGAGCAACUUCUGCUCGACCAUCGCACUUUUCGAGCAAUCUCUCUAG